AUGAAGUUCACCAUCUUUACCACAACCGCUGCAGCAGGUCUCUUUCUCCAGGCCCUCCAAGUUUCCGCGCAGGGAGUCGGCGGUGGUGUUGCAGAAGUAGAUCUUACUACCACAGCCAAAGCAGAGCCUACUACUGUCUGGGUCACACAGACACUCGCCAACGGUGCCAAAACCGUCGUGGCUUCAAUCUACACGCAGCAGUUCCCGCAGAGGUAUGAGAGCGUGUACGUGCCGUCCAGCGGGUCGAUAGGGCUGGGGACGCAGACCGGGGCGGUGGGAGUUGUAAGGGAAACACAGGCCACUGGUGGCGGGGCAAGGGUGGCUCUUGGGAGCAGCAGGGACGCGUGGUUGCUGGGUUUGGGUGUGGGGAUAGUGGGGAUGGUGGGGGGUGGGUUGUUGGUGUUGUAA